CGUCAGUUGAGCCAGUCUUUUCCUUUAUCAAAUGAUCUCCUGCCCACCGGUCUUACAGACCUUCAUCCACCUCAUGCCGCCUCCCAAUUCUCACACUGGUGCAGCUUGCUCCGUUGUGACAUCUUCAUUUGCGUCAUGGUGCACCACGUCCAGUCCCCCACCAUCGAGAGUCUCAUAUCGAUCUGGACAGUGGCCGAAUCCAUCGGCCAAUGUCUAUCAGCUGGGGAUUUGAUCAGUCUCUCACGUUCCACCGUCGGUCUUCGGGCUAGUCUGCACGGAUUCGGCCCGAUCGACAUUGGUGAUGAGACUUCUCCUGCACAACCGAGGGACUCUCUGAGAAUCGGUAACCACAACACGGCCCAGUGGAAACUCCUCAAAUCGAUCGCUCUCUGGGAGUGUUCGCUCACAAGCCACACCAAGGGUGACAAGCCAAGACCAUGUCUCUAUUGUUCUCGCCCAGUAUGUGGCGCUUGCAUAGUCAAGUCUUCAUUCUCCAGAGGUCACGAGAAUACCUUUCAGCAUCGCAUUCGUCAUCUGUGCACAAAAUGCUGGGAGACUGGCACUCAAAGUAGGGGACACCGCUUCCCUCUGAUCGCCUCAGAACGGCCCGGCAGUGCCACAAAACAGUGGCACGAUACCACUGAAUCGACUCGCGAUUAUUGUGUCUGCACUCUCAAGUCAGAUGGGCAUAUUUGCCCCGAUUGUAAAGACUUCCAAAAUUGGGAGGCUAUCGCAGACGGGAACGACAAAUGCCAUGGGCUACGCUGCAAUGAACCGCUCGGUGAUGACAAAGACCGAAGACGUAUCUGUCUCUGGUGUGACAAGGCACUUCCGCGACAGGUCGGUGGGACAACUCGCCAUCACUGGAAUCGAAGGAUGGUAGAAGCUCGUGCUCGAACAAUUGCGUCUCGACAAGCCGACAUCGAAGAGUAUAAUCGCAAAAGACUGAUGUUGAUGCGAAUGUCUCGACGAGAAAUGCGUGGCGACGAUGCCGUACAAGGUGAUGCUGAAGCUGAUACCCCUCAAUUCGUUCGACAUCUUGACACGAUGAACUAUCGUACCUACAUGGACGAAGCUGUGGCACCGACACCAAAGGCAGUCUACGACUCUAAAAGAGGGUACUGGCGUUAUAACCCGAGCUUCUUAAUUAAAAUAGGCACCAGAGUCCAGCAUGGAAACUCACUUCCCGGCCCGUCAUCAACUGAAUUGGCCUGCCUUGAAGGACAGUCGACAUAUCGAUUCGCACGAACCAACGCUGAAAAGGCCAUUGAAGAAGAGCCACACAUCAACGGUAGCUCACUCAGUGGUGACUAUCGCUGGAUCGACAUGAAAGCAAUCAUCCUUGAACACGUCUUGGUCAACAAAGUCAGCUACCAAGAGCUUGGGAGGAUAAUGUUAGAAGGCUAUAACGUUGAUGCAUCCGCUGAGGAUUACCGGGUGAUGGUUGAUCGAUGGAUCUGGAACACACGCAAGCGAUCUUCAGGGGCCAGCAGAACUGGAUCAUCAAGUCGAGUUCUGGUUGAUGCGACAACACAAGCUUCUUGGGUCGAGGGGCUUGACUCCAAGUCCAAUAAAACAAUGCUCUCCCCGUCUGACAGCGAAGGACAGAGCAGCGCUCCAAUGGACAGGUCCACACCUACCUUCUUGAUGGACGUUCUACCAGUGAGUAUGUUGGAUCAAGCCAGCAACGAACAGAACAUGGUCUCCGACGCAGGAGGGUCUGGCCUUGAAGGCGUACAAACCACCACCAACGAUAAUGAUAACGACGACACGCAGGGAGAGCUUGAAGAGAGUCAUGAUAUUGGCCCACCAGACUUAUUGAAUCCGCCCGAAGAGGAUGAGGAUCCUCCUCCAUAUUCUUCCAAUGGCUGGCUGUGGCCAUGACCAAGUACCAAGGGCGACAAGGACAUAUAUAUCACAUUACGGUCGAAAGCUAGCCUCAUUUGUGUAUGAGCUUAUUGCUACAGCGACGCAAGCUUGAAUGGACGCAGUCAUUGAUGUAUUGGAGAGAUAGCUACGUACGUGCUUGUAGUACACCAAGCUCAUGACACCACCUAGUGUCGAGAAAAUG